GAUGUUGGAAAAUUAUUAAGAUGUAUCCAGUGUCAUUGACAUUUAUUGUUAUAAGUAGUGCUAUUAUUUUCGGUGCAUAUAAAAUUAGAACAAAUGCUGAAUUUUGGGAAGAAAUAAACAUGGCAACUGCAGCUCGGAAAGAAACUUUGAAGUAUUGUAUAAGUCCAUCAAAAAUGUUUACAUCCAGUGUAUUAUUUGAUGAUAGUGAAAUAGAAAUAUUCACAAAAGAAGACCAUUUGUCCCUUAAGAACGAUAACACACGCAAUUUAAUAUUAAUUCGCGAAGAUCUGGAUGCAAACGUACAACUUGUAAAGGCACUAUUUCCAAGAGAAGAACCAAUACAAGUAAAAUUUAAUAGAUUUAAUGGAUCACUUGACAAUGGUAAAUUAACAUUAACAACAGAAGAUGGUGAUACAACAUUUACUUUCCAUAACACAUUGAGCCUGGAAGUCAAAAAAACAUCUACAACUUUACAAGAUGAAAUAGCUGCUAUGGAAAAAGAACCAUCUAAAAUGCAACAAAUAAAAACGGCUAAAUUUCAUGUCUUUGUUCCAGAUAAUAAAGAAACAUUAAAAACCUCGAAACAUGAAUAUAAGUUCCCUUCAAAUUCACCAAUAAAAUUUUCAGACGUAUUUCCAAUAAUUGGUAAUUUUAGUUUAUCAUAUGAAGAUACAGUAAAAAUACAAGCAGACGAAAGUGAUGAAGUUUAUCAUUUGAAAUAUAAUCUGAAUAUUGAAUGUGACAGAAAAUUGGAUGAAAAUUUACAAAAUAUAAUUGCCACUGAAGAAGUAUCUCUAGAAGAUAUGAUACCUGGAGGAACGAAAAUAGUAUUCGAUUGUGGUACAAUAGUAUUCAAAACACAAGAUGGUCGUAAAAUAAUUGUCAGAAAGAAAUUUGAAUUGGUAAUUGUCGAAGAUGGUAAAAAAACAGCACAUCUUGAAGGGUCGCCAAAGGUGAAGGCAAUUGAAGUUUAA